UGUGGCGUUUAUGGGCAGAGGAGAGUGUGUGAAUAACAACCAGGGUUCUGUGUGAACAAAACAGAACUUGGUGGUCGUCUGUUUCUGCUGUGUUUGUCCCGUUCACACGUCCAGCAUGGCUUGGACGAAGUACCAGCUCUUUCUUGCGGGACUUAUGCUAACAACUGGCUCUAUCAACACAUUAUCAGCAAAAUGGGCUGACGUGUUCACAGCAAAGGGCUGCCAUGAUGUCCCUGAACAUACAUUCUCUCACCCGUUUGUCCAGGCAGUGGGCAUGUUUCUGGGUGAGCUAAGCUGUCUUGCAGUCUUCUACAUCUUGCUUUGCCAUGACAGACGUAGCCCAGAGCCAAAGAUGAACCCGGGCCAGAGCUUCAACCCUCUCCUCUUCUUCCCGCCCGCCAUGUGCGACAUGAUGGCCACCUCCAUCAUGUAUGUUGCUCUCAACAUGACCAGCGCCUCCAGCUUUCAGAUGCUUCGUGGAGCCGUCAUCAUCUUCACUGGUCUGCUCUCGGUGGCGUUCCUGGGGAGGCGCCUGUUACCAAGUCAGUGGUUUGGUAUCCUGACCACCAUCCUGGGCCUGGUGAUCGUUGGCCUUGCCGACUUCUUCAGCGACCGCCACGACGACACACACAAACUCAGCGACGUCAUCACGGGAGACCUUCUGAUCAUCAUGGCUCAGGUCAUUGUUUCAGUCCAAAUGGUCCUGGAGGAAAAGUUUGUCUACAAACAUGAUGUCCAUCCUCUCCGGGCUGUUGGCACUGAAGGUCUCUUCGGGUUCGUCGUCCUGUCACUGCUCCUCAUCCCGAUGUAUUUCAUCCACGUUGGUGACUUCAGCAACAACCCUCGACAAGUCUUGGAGGACGCACUGGACGCCUUUUGUCAGAUCGGCCACCAGCCUCUCAUCCUGUUGGCCCUGCUGGGAAACACCGUCAGCAUCGCCUUCUUCAACUUCGCCGGGAUUAGCGUCACUAAAGAGAUCAGCGCCACGACCCGCAUGGUGCUGGACAGCCUGCGUACGCUGGUCAUUUGGGUGGUGAGCCUGGCGCUGGGUUGGGAGCACUUUCACGGCUUGCAGGUGUUGGGCUUCUUGGUCCUCCUGGUGGGCACGGCGCUCUACAAUGGACUGCACCGCCCCCUGCUGGCCAGGAUACCGUGCUGUGCCUCGUUGGUGAACACAGAGGAGGACAGCCCAGGAGAAAGAGAGAGACUGCUGGGUGACGGCAGGGUGCAGAACGUUGACGAGAGCUAAAACUUGUUAAUGAACGACGUCCCAGUGCGCUGCACUGACUGUAACACUGCACCUUCGAUGUACGCUGUCUCUUUUUAAAUAUUCUUUCAGUUCACGCCUCUGAUUUUAACUGACCUCAGACGAUGGGAGUGUGCAAGCUCUGUUAAAGGAAUAGUUCAACAUUUUACGAAAAUUUACAACCGUGCAGAUGCUAGUUCAGUCUGACUCUAAAUUUCUGAACUACUCCAUCAAAGAAACAACUGGAAAAGAAGGAAGUCUGAAGGAGCUUUCAUUUUACAAAAUGUUUUUCAUGGGUUUAUUCAGUGUAGAAAUGAACUGUUUAGUUUUUUUCUUCUGAAACAAAACAAAAAUAAUUUAUAGCCAGUGUCAACAUUUGCUGUCUUUCUUAUAUGUUUUGUAUUUUUAAAAAGGAACUUUGUGCUAAGUUCUGAGUGCUAAAUCACGUGAACACCUGAAAGCGCACAAGAUGAAGGUUUAUGUAUUACAACUUUUCGGAAUUUUAUGCAGAUUUUCUUGAAUCAGUGGAUCGUUGCCAUGUUCUUUCUGUUAAUGAUUUUAAUAUUCGUUCAAAUAUGCAAUGUCUCGUGAUUUAUUCUAGAAAUGGGCUUUUAUUUUGGAAAUGAUUCUGACUGUGCCAAAGCGUUUUCAGUCCGUGCACUGUAUGCCGUAUCACAGUCGAGUUAUUGUUGUUGUUCAGCAUUUUCAACUUUAGUUGAUCAUGCAGAAAAUCAGUGUACAUCUGUAUAUUUUCUCUCUGGUUUGCGUGGAUUUUUUUGUACACGUGUGUCAAAAAAGUCAGAGCUCACACACCAAGUGUUUUUGCAUUUGUUGAUGUGCACGACCUGUUUCUCGGGUUUAGUAGUUUAGGGUGUGGACAUGCAGUUAAGAAAAAAGGGAACUGUCAUCAAAUCACACAUGUUGAAUGGUGCAAUGAAGAUUUAACUUGAAACUGAAGAACACUGCAGUCAAUGGAAGUGACGCAAUGUAACGACAAAGAGAGAUUUUUUAAAAACAAUACACUUCUAAAUCAACCCACAAAGUCUUCAAGUGUGUUUUUGCUGCAUGAUUAAACAGGUGCAUCACUGUGUUUAGAAAGGAAACGAUGACUUGUUUAAUAGGUUAGUCGUCAUUGAAGUGUUAGCCUGGGCAAAUAUGACAAAACUUUUGGUGUCCAGCUUCUUAAAUGUGAAGAAUUGUGCUUUCUAUCAUUUUAAAUUGAAACUCUUUUGAGUUUUUGCACAAAACCAGAUAUUUGAAUAUUUGAAGGUGUCAUCACAAGCUCUCAGAGUUCGUGAUAGUAAUUUUUUUUUUUUUUUGCCAGUUUAUGACUGAAAGAUUCAUCUUUUAAUCAAUAAAAGAUGGUUAAUUGAUACUGAAAACAGUUAUCAGUUGUUUUUAUUCUUUUUUUCUUUUUUAACCCGUUUAUGACUGAAAGAUGUUUGUUUUUAAAUACAGUUUGGAUGAAUCUCACAACAAAAAAAGAGAGAAAUGACAGUAAUGAUAUAUGCUGACAUAAAUAACAGUUUUUGCUUUUAACCACACUGCCUCUGAUGACAUCAAUUAAAUAAAUUGUAAUGAAAAUAAGUCAAAA